AUGAAAGGAAAAACAAAGUGCAUUUCUCUACCUCAAGACAGAGUCAUAAAAACAGAAGCUUUCACAACCAUCUCAGAGAAGAUGUUUAAAUCUCUGAUGAUAAAAUCCAACAAGGUGAAGCCUAAAGAGGAGAACAAUGAGAGUAAACAAGGUCCUGAUCCAAGCAAUCAGCCUCAACAAUCCACAAGACAGGGACAAAACAAAAAUGAAAAGAAAUCUCUCCAAACCAAGAUGACUCCAGUCACAUUUGAAGAGUCACACACCAAAAUACAAGAUAAAAUCUCUGAGAAAAAUUCACUCAAAGAUCUGACCACAACCCCUGACCAUCAAAAUCCAACAGAAUCAAAGGGAACGAUGCCAGAGCAAAAGGAAAUGGAAACUGGGAAAGAAGGUCUAGUCAGCAAACCACAUGAAGCCCCUGUUAUAAAUGAGUAUGCUGAUGCCCAGCUACACAACUUGGUGAGAAGGAUGCGUCAAAGAACAAUCCUCUACAAGAAAAAGUUGGCAGAAGGAGAUAUAUCCUCACCUGAAGCCAGCCCCCAAACUGCAAAGCCCACAGCUGUACCAUCAACACAAGAAAGCAGUGCUAAGCUAAAAGAAGAACAUUACUAUCACAUAUUGUGUUUUAAAUUCCAGAAGAUGCCUCUGACAGAGUAUCUAAAGCAAAUUAGACUUCCAAGAAGCAUAGAUUCAUACACAGAUCGACUCUACCUCCUGUGGCUCUUGCUUGUCACCAUUGCCUAUAACUGGAACUGCUGGCUUAUACCACUGCGCCUUGUCUUUCCGUAUCAAACACCAGACAACACAUGCUACUGGUUUAUUACAGACAUCAUAUGUGAUAUCAUCUACCUUUGUGAUAUGCUAUUAAUCCAGCCCAGACUCCAGUUUAUAAAAGGAGGAAACAUAAUAGUGGAUUCAAAUGAGUUAAAGACACACUACAGGAGUUCUACAAAAUUUCGGCUGGAUGUUGCAUCAAUAAUGCCAUUUGAUGUUUUCUACGUCUUCUUUGGGUUUAAUCCAAUAUUUAGGGCAAAUAGGAUAUUAAAGUACACUUCAUUUUUCGAGUUUAAUCAUCACCUAGAGUCUAUAAUGGACAAGGCAUAUAUCUACAGAGUCAUUCGAACAACUGGAUAUUUGCUGUUUACUCUGCACAUUAAUGCCUGUAUUUAUUACUGGGCUUCAGACUAUGAAGGAAUUGGAACUACUAAAUGGGUGUAUGAUGGUGAAGGAAACAAGUACCUGAGAUGCUAUUACUGGGCCGUUCGAACUUUAAUUACUAUUGGGGGCCUUCCAGAACCACAAACAUCAUUUGAAAUUGUUUUUCAACUGGUGAAUUUUUUUUCUGGAGUUUUUGUGUUCUCCAGCUUAAUUGGUCAGAUGCAAGAUGUAAUUGGAGCAGCUACAGCCAAUCAGAGCAACUUCCGAAACAGCAUGGAUCAUACCAUUUCCUACAUGAAUACUUAUUCCAUUCCUAAGGGUGUGCAGAAGCGGGUUCGGACUUGGUAUGAAUAUACAUGGGAUUCUCAAAGAAUGCUAGAUGAGUCAGAUCUGAUCAGUACACUGCCUGUCACCAUGCAGUUAGCCCUCACCGUGGAUAUGAACCUCAGCAUCAUCAGCAAAGUCGACUUGUUCAAGGGUUGUGAUACACAAAUGAUAUAUGACAUGUUGCUAAGAUUGAAAUCCACUGUUUAUUUACCUGGUGACUUUGUCUGCAAAAAGGGAGAAAUUGGCAAGGAAAUGUAUAUCAUCAAGCAAGGAGAAGUCCAAGUUCUUGGAGGCUCUGAUGGUGCUCAAGUUCUGGUUACUCUGAAAGCUGGAGCAGUGUUUGGAGAAAUCAGCCUUCUAGCAGCAAGAGGAGGAAACCGUCGAACUGCCAAUGUGAUAGCCCAUGGGUUUGCCAAUCUUUUAACUCUGGACAAAAAGACCCUCCAAGAAAUUCUAGUGCAUUAUCCAGAUUCUGAAAAGCUCCUCAUGAAGAAAGCCAGUGUGCUUCUAAAGAAGAAGGCUCCAGGCACAGAGGAAUCCCCUCCAAGAAAAGGACUUGCUUUUCUCUUCCAACCAAAACAAAAGACACCCAAAAUGUUUAAAGCUCUCCUGGGAGGCACAGGAAAAGCAGGUCUUACAAGACUACUCAAAAUGAAGAGGGAACAAACCAUCCAGGAAAAAAGUGAAAACUCCAAAGAAGGAGAGGGUAAAGGAAGAGAAUAUGAAGAUAAACGAAGAGAACCAGUAGAGAAAACACAGGACAGCUCUGAAUGUAGAGCAAAUUCUGUUACAGCAGAGGAAGUGCCCCAGUCAAUUAGAAGGGCAGCUUUACCCAGAGGAACUACUCGUCAAUCACUCAUCAUCAGUAUGGCUCCUUCUACAGAGGCUGGGGAAGAAGUUCUGAUGAUUGAAGUCAAAGAAAAGGCUAAACAAUAAGUGUUUGAUUAUCUUUAGAUGUAAUCUAGCUAAUUCCCAAAGAGAUUGUACCCAGGAUUGUAGCUUAAAUUAAUGAGGGGAAAAGACCUUGCCAGGACCCCUGAGAAUCCAUACACAAAUCCCUGGCUU